AGGGUAUGAGCGAAGCAUUAGUUCAGAUAGGUUCAAUAAAUGAGUGUACAGAUCCUUCAAAAGGAUGAUGAGUCUCCAGUUAAUGUAAGACAUGGGCUGAAAAUGUUGAAUCGAGGCUGGAAAUGAAGUGUUUUUGUUGCUCUCAGUUAAUGUCAACUUAAAUCCAGUGCUGGGUACCACCACUGUUCUUAACGCAUCUUAAACUAUACUGUAAUAUGCUGGAAAAGGGUAAAAUGAAUAUGUGCCUUCUAGAAAUGUGGCCACUAAUGAAAGCUUCAAGCUAGUGGUUGGCCAAGUGUGGAGUCCAUUUAAUGUGAAGAUGAUUGUGUGAUUUCGAGUGCUUUAUUACUCUCUUUUUCUUCCACACGUAACUUUCCAUUCCUUGCUGGCUUGUAAUAAUGGUCGAAUAUGACUGAAUUUGAGCUCGCAGGCUUUCUGCUCUCUGCAUUUCUUUUUGGUGAGUAAUGUGCUGACAGGCGGCCCGCGGCUCUCGUGCCAGCUCAGCUCCCUGGCCCUUCCAGCCUUUUCCCUGUGCCGCAAUGUUUUCCUGCCGUUAUUAUGAGCGUUGCUAGUGCAACGGGCUGUAUUCAAGGCUAGACUUGGGGAGGGCUUUGCUAGCGACUGGGUGAAUGGGCUUCUUGUUGUGUUUCUGUCUUCUAGGAUGACCUAAUGAUGAGAAUUUGGCAUCUUCUGUUGUAAAGCUGCAGUCUUUAUCUCUGAGUUUUCAGGCUUAAUCUUAAGAGAGGUUUUUCAGAGUUGUUCUUUCUUUUGGGGCAGGCAUCACAUAUUAAUGAUAGAGGUUAGUGAAAAGUAUAAUUAACAGAAGAGAAUGAACAGACAGAUAUUAAUGCGAAGCCUGUUAGUGUUUGCUGUAUUUAUGCUGGAGAACUUUCCUUGGUGACUGUCCAGCUAGAUCAUAUUUUGAACUAGGAGAGGAGCAAAAAAGCCUUAUAAAUACCUGGCACGUUAAUCUUUGCUUGAAUUUCAGCUUGCGGGUAGAUGGAAACCUCGCUUAUUCCUCCCUCUUCAUUAAUGAAGCUCUGCAGCAGGCAGCUUUGCCAUCUUUCUUAGUCUUUGCAGCAAUGGCUGGCACUGAAAUUCCCCUUCAGUCUCAGCUCCGUAAUCUGUUUUGACUAUCCCGUGUUGCUUUUCCAUUUGACUUCAGAUUUCUGUGGUACGUUUGACGGAUCCAAGAUCUUUUUCCUAGGGAUUUUGAGGUUACUUCAUCUCCAUCCACUGGCAAUAUGAAGGAUGUUUUCAAGGGCUCACCAUUUGAAAUACUUGAAAAGGGAAAGGGUGGAAGCUUGACAGUGAUUUACAAGAGCGAAUUUAUUUACAUAUGCACAGUUGUAAAUACAGCUUAUAUACACAUAUACUAUACACACACGUAUACUGCACGCAUGCCAAUAUUCCUGCCAUCUUUCUAGCCCUGUAAACUAAGGUCAUGUCUUAUUUAUUCUUGAAUAGAGAAGCUGCUGGAAGGUAGCAGCUCUGGACUGAAAUUCCGCAGCUGCUCCCAGCUUUUCUCUCUCCUGUAUUCAACACAGGAAAUGAGUGUGGUGGUUCCUGACUGCUUUCCAUUCUCAGAUUGCUGUUUCUUUCGGUCACUCCUUUUAACAGCCUCUUUUUCUUCACUGCUAACCUCUUGGGAAGGAUAACCCAAGCUCAGUAAGUUUUCCUGCCGGAACUUCUUGAGACUACCAAUGCCAUGAAGCUGGUAACACCCUCAGAUAGUUUAGUUAAUACAGUUGCCCAGUUUGGCAGCUGCUUAUUAAAAGGAUUACCAGCAUGUCCCUGAUAAUUCUUUGUGUGUGGGUAAAGAAAUUGAUGUAGCAGACCUCCCUAGCAUCCCCAUUGUCCCUUUUUUGGACACGUCCCUCCUCUCAGGGAGAGGAAGGUGAUAUUUGUUUGAUUUUGUUUUCUGUGCUUGUUUUAAGCUUGUGUUUUACUGUCUUGUCCUUCCUUCAGGUAGAAAAUUAAUCCUUUCAUAGGCAUAUUUUCAAACUCACUGCGUUGCAUUUCUUGAAGGGUGACUAUCAAUGUGUGCCUUUGUGGAUGUAAUUUAUUUGCCUGCCAUCUGAUUUUUAAAUGACACCAUUUUUGGCAAAUACUCAACGAAUUCUGCAAGAGUUCUGCUGAACUGUUACUAAAUAAAUAUUAUAUACAUGGGGUGACAUGAGCCUCUUGGGACCUCUAAGGGAGACAAGCCAAAGAAAUUGUUCUCAAAAUAACUUAGAUCAGUUCAAAAUCUAUAGAAGGUCCGACAGGAGACAGGACGUUGGGUUCAGAAGCAGCUGCCCAAGCAAGGCAUCUCUUGAUUAAUUAUGCAACUAGCAUGUCUAGUAUCAGACACUGUAUUUCUAUCAUUAUAUCUGUUUUUCUUGCCAGGUCUGUGGGGCACCAGACUCAUGGAAGAAAACAACACUAGCCGAGAGCGGUAUCUGAGAAGUGUCCUGCGGGAGCUCGUCACAUACCUGGUCUUUCUUGUGGUCUUAUGUGUCCUGACUUACGGGACAGUGAGUUCCAGUAUGUACUAUUAUACCAGGGUCAUGUCGCAGCUCUUCCUGGAAACACCUGUAUCAAAAAUGGAGAAAACCGAUUUCAAAACUUUGUCCACAAUGGAUGACUUCUGGAAGUUCACGGAAGGCCCUUUGCUGGAUGGUCUUUACUGGGAGAUGUGGUAUAACAACAAAACCAUGGCUGAAAACAAGAGCUUCAUUUAUUACGAGAACCUGCUCCUAGGGGUGCCUCGCAUUCGGCAGCUGAAAGUGAGAAAUGGUUCGUGCUCCAUACCCGAGGACUUAAAGGAUGAGAUCCAAGACUGCUAUGAUGUCUACUCGGUAGCCAAUGAAGACACUGCUCCUUUUGGGCUCCGAAACGGAACAGCCUGGACAUACACCAACGAGAAGGAUUUGAACGGGAGCAGCCACUGGGGCUUGAUUGCAACGUACAGUGGAGCUGGUUAUUACCAGGACCUCUCAAGGACCAGGGAAGUGACGGCUGUGCAGAUCGCCAGCCUGAAGAAGAACCUGUGGCUGGACAGGGGGACGAGAGCAGCUUUCAUUGAUUUCUCCGUAUACAACGCGAACAUCAACCUGUUUUGUGUGGUUAGGUUGUUAGUGGAGUUUCCAGCAACUGGAGGCCUUGUCACAUCUUGGCAGUUUCAGCCAGUGAAGCUCAUUCACUACAUCUCCACUUUUGAUUUUUUCCUGGCAGCCUGUGAAAUUGCAUUUUGUCUCUUUAUUCUUUAUUAUAUGGUGGAAGAGAUCUUAGAAAUUCACAUUCAUAAGCUGCACUACUUCAGGAGUCUCUGGAACUGUCUUGAUAUCCUGAUCAUUGUGCUCUCUGUAGUAGCUAUAGGAAUUAGCAUCUAUAGGACCUCAACUGUGGAUACGCUCCUGAAGAAACUGCUGGAAGAGCAAAACUCGUUCCCAAAUUUUGAACCUUUGGCAUAUUGGCAAAUACAGUUCAACAAUGUUGCUGCAGUCACUGUGUUUUUUGUGUGGAUUAAGCUUUUCAAAUUUGUGAACUUCAACAGAACGAUGAGUCAGUUAUCCACUACCAUGUCUCGCUGUGUCAAAGAUGUCAUUGGCUUUGCAAUUAUGUUUUUUAUUAUUUUUCUAGCAUAUGCUCAGUUGGCUUAUCUUGUCUUUGGCACUCAAAUUGAUGACUUCAGCACUUUCCAGGAGUGCAUAUUUACUCAGUUCCGCAUCAUUUUGGGAGACUUUAACUUCACAGAGGUUGAAGAAGCUAAUCGAAUUUUGGGACCAAUUUAUUUCACUACAUUUGUGUUCUUUAUGUUCUUCAUUCUUUUGAACAUGUUUUUGGCCAUUAUCAAUGAUACCUAUUCCGAAGUCAAAUCAGAUAUGGCACACCAGAAGGCAGAAAUGGAACUGUCAGACCUUAUAAGAAAGGGCUACAACAAAGCCAUGAUCAAACUUAAACUGAAGAAGACCACUGUUGAUGACAUUUCAGAAAGCCUCAGACAAGGUGGGGGGAAGUUAAAUUUUGAUGAACUCCGACAAGACCUGAAAGGAAAGGGUCACACUGAUGCGGAGAUUGAAGCCAUCUUUACCAAAUACGACCAGGAUGGGGACCAGGAACUGACAGAGCACGAACAUCAGCAGAUGAGGGAUGACCUGGAGAAAGAGAGGGAGGACCUCGAGCUGGAUAGGAGCUCUCUGCCGCGUCCCCUGAGCAGCCGCAGCUUCCUCCGGAGCCUGGAUGACUCGGAGGAGGACGAAGAUGAAGACAGUGGGCACAGUUCUAGGAGGAGAGGCAGCAGCUCCAGCGGAGUUUCCUACGAAGAGUUUCAAGUGCUCAUGAGGCGGGUCGAUCGCAUGGAGCAUUCCAUCGGCAGCAUCGUCUCCAAGAUCGAUGCCGUUAUCGUAAAGCUUGAAGCGAUGGAGAGAGCCAAACUGAAGAGGAGGGAUGUGUUGGGGCGACUGUUGGAUGGAGUGACGGAGGAUGAAAGACUGGGGCGAGACAACGAAAUCCACAGGGAACAAAUGGAGCGGCUCGUCCGGGAGGAGCUGGAGCGCUGGGAAUCGGAUGAUACGGCCUCCCAAAUGAGCCAUCGGUUGGGAACGCCUCUCGGACUCAACGGGCAGCCUCGGUCGAGGAGCUCCCGGCCCUCCUCCUCCCAGUCAGAUGGUGUUGAUGGAGGCGGGGGAAAUGGAGGGAAUAACAUCCAUGCGUAAGAUGAAUUGUGUAGUUCGUGCUGUGUGUUGCAGGUCAGUAUUAAGCCAGCAAAUACGCUAGUUAACUGUUGCCCAGAGUGAGGUCAUCGUCACCCUGAUCUAACCAUGAAAGGAAGAAGUCAGUGGUGGGUAAAAAUCAGUAUUUUCUUUGUCAGGAAUUUCCAAAACUCCGUAAGCCAUAUGU